AUGUUCAGGUGGACGAGUAAUGGUAUUGUUCUGUUCGGCUCAGCAGCUUAUACAUAUGUGAAGAAACAGGAAAUGGACAAAAAGGUUGGAGUCAAAAAGUCAAUAGAUAGGCGGCCACUGUUGAACCCUAAAGCGGAUGACGAUGAAGGUGUUGUAUAA